UCUCUCUCUCUCUUUACACCCACAGGCACACAGCGCGCACGCGCUCUCUCUCUCUAGACAUCUUUCUCUGUGUGAAGGCACCGGUGGAGCGGCGGGAUGCCGGCGGCGUGGUGGAAGGGCAGGUGCAGGAGCAGGUCCAGCAAGGCCGGCGCCGCGGCGGCGGCCGGAGAAAUUAAGGAGGCGGUGGCGGGGAAGGGGAAGAAGAAGGCGAGCAGCUUCGACGAGGCGCUGCUCGCCGCGGGGGCCCGCGGGAAGCAGCAGCCGCCGCCGGCGGCUGCGGUCGUCGGGCUCCCACUCCCGCGGCCGGCGUCCCUGACGUCGCCGCUGCCGUCCGCGCCGGCCUCGGCCUCGGGCUCCGCCUCGGCGUCCAGCGGCGGCGGCGGGUCCUCGCUGGGGUCCUCGGCGGCCUCCGACGAGCAGCUGGAUCUCGGGGUUUACAGGUUGUCAGAAACAAGUAGCACUCUUCCCGGCAGAGCAGUAGCAAUUGAAUCUCGGAAACAAAGUCAUGUCGUAGCAGAAGGGCGUAUCUUCACAAAUAAUCAGGCUUUGGAGCAUCCCCGAAUGUCUGAAACCUCAGUUUCACCGAGGAAAGAGAUUCACCUUCAAAAUUUGGAUCUUGCAAAUGACCGAACUACGUAUUGUCGUGGUCGGAAAUCAACAGAAAUUGUGUUCAGUACACAAGUGCCCAGCUCUCCCCCUAGCUCAAGAGCACAUCACUAUUCAACCUCCCCAGUGCCAUCAAGAACGUUUGGGCAAUGCCAAGCAUCUCCUACUGCAUGGCAGGAUGAUUCGCGAAGCUCAAGCUCACCUCAACCUCUCCCCCUUCCUCCAGGCUCCCCAUGCUUGCCUUCCCGUUCUCUACAGUGGAAGAAGGGGAAGUUGCUAGGUAGCGGGACCUUUGGGCAAGUAUAUCUGGGAUUCAACAGUGAAGGCGGACAAAUGUGUGCAAUUAAAGAGGUUAAGGUCAUUUCUGAUGAUUCUAACUCAAAAGAGUGUCUCAGGCAGCUAAAUCAGGAAAUUGUGCUGCUGAGUCAGCUGUCACAUCCAAACAUUGUGCAGUACUAUGGCAGUGAUCUGUCUAAUGAGACACUCUCGGUCUAUCUCGAGUAUGUUUCUGGGGGCUCUAUCCAUAAGUUACUUCAAGAAUAUGGUCCAUUCGGGGAGGCAGUCCUUCGGAGUUACACAGCACAAAUCCUUUCUGGCCUUGCAUACUUGCAUGGGCGGAAUACAGUGCACAGGGAUAUCAAAGGGGCAAACAUACUCGUCGAUCCUAAUGGUGAUAUCAAACUGGCCGACUUCGGUAUGGCUAAGCAUAUAUCUGCAUACACAUCCAUCAGAUCCUUCAAAGGGAGCCCUUACUGGAUGGCACCAGAGGUUAUUAUGAAUAGUAAUGGCUACAGCCUUUCAGUAGACAUUUGGAGCCUUGGUUGCACCAUUCUUGAGAUGGCAACAGCAAAACCUCCUUGGAGUCAGUACGAAGGGGUGGCUGCAAUAUUUAAGAUUGGGAACAGCAAAGAGAUACCUGAUAUCCCAGAUCAUCUUUCUUCUGAGGCGAAAAGCUUUCUGAAGCUCUGUCUGCAGCGUGAUCCUGCUGCCCGCCCUACAGCUGCUCAGCUAAUGGAUCAUCCUUUUGUCAAGGACCAUUCUACAUUCCGGAGUUCCAGAUCUGGAAUCACAAGGGAUGUGUUUCCUACUUCAACCGAGGGAAAAAACACCGCGGCACAGACAAGCAUUGCAAUUUCAUCAUACAGAAGUUUAUCUCCUCUAAGAGAUCCUGAUACCGUGUUAAGAAGAAACUUGCCAGGCCCAACAUCCCCCAUUCCUUCAACAUCAAAUCGCAGGAUUGCAGCUCUCAAUCAGUCCAAUGUGCGGAUGAAUAUGUCCCUGCCUGUCUCUCCUUGCUCUAGCCCGCUACGGCAGUACAGGCAGUCCAACCGAAGUUGUUUGGCAUCGCCUCCUCACCCAGCCUAUUCAGCUGGAGCAGCCAACUACAGUCCUAUCAACAAUGCGCUCUAUCCAAUGCGACCAAGCAGCGGUCUCACAGACCCAUGGCUAGAUAUCUCUCAGUUGAGAACACAAACUUUUGAUUCCCCAAGAAGAUUGUAGAGGUUUCAAAAGGAAGUAAUACUUUGUACACAGGAAGGAAAAAAGUGUUCCCUAGAUUAUCUUGUUAGAAGAACAAAGGAACUCCCUCCCUUUUUUUGUUUCGCCCUUUCUGUAUGUAACUUUUCACACAGGAUGCAGUCGCAUCGCCUUUGUACAAAUUCAGAGAAGAGCUUUAGUGAAAAAGAAAAGCAAUUCAGAUGGCACCUGUA